GCUGCAGCAAGGGAAAAAUGGCUGCGAUCGUCGUUCCCAAAGUUCUCGACUCGUUCAAGAGGAGGAAAGCAGCCCGAUGUCGUGCCGCCGCCGCACACAAUGUAUAACCGUGGAAGAUGCACUCUCGAAAUUGGUCCCCAUAUAUUCACAGACACGACGGUCUUCGAGGUUCACUACCACCCAGUCGCCGUGCUUGUCGCACCGUCGACUACCUUUGUGUAUCAGUCGGUGCCAUCAGGCUCGUGGCAAUUGAGGCCCCAAUCCAGCCAGGCAAACGAAACAAUUUUGACUGCGUUGCCGAACUCUACCCCCCUGUUGGCUUCUCUGCCAUCGACGCUCCACGUUACGCAAGCCCUCGUUGCACAAGUUAACCAGGCAGCUGCUUCUAAUCCGACCCUUGCAAAUCUCCUCCAAUUGGCCGUCGCCGGGAAAGCAUCGCCAGAUCAGCUCAAGACACUUGGUCUACUCAUUCAAUCCCUUGCAAGCUCUCCCUCCGCGGCAGUCGACGCCACCCAACCAUCCAUCGAUUUUACUCAGUCAAAAGCGCGUGCCGACUCCGGAACUCCAGCCUUGCCGACAACGUCGCAAUAUCAACUACAACCCCCCACCAGGGAUUUCGAUCUCGUAUUGGAGUUUAGAGAAAAUCUAAUCGAUCGUUGGACUUUUCCUCGAGGACCUUCGAAAUGUGAAUUUGUCUCUUUACCCGGAAUAUCAGGCUCGUUCGGGGACAUCAUCCUCACCACUGCUGUCCCAUUUACUUUCCCGAACGCUCAGAGUGUUGAAGGUGUCCCGGAGGUCGAGACUACCCCGAAGCAGGUCGUGAGCUUCCGGUUUAAAUCGGCCAGCUCGGCUGUAUGGGACACAAUCUCACGUUGGGCGGGACCCAAUGCAGAAGAGAACUGCAAAGUCCUUAGCGAAAUCAAACCGCAAGACAGGGCGUUUCUGGCGCACCGACUUCCGGAGGGUUCACAGCUUUCUCAAGUCCAAAACGCUGCAGUACCUUCAUAUUCCAUGAAGCUCAUCAAACCUGCAACAGAAAGCAGUAAAAACAGGAGAAAGACGACUCGCAAGAAGCGUGGCGGAUGGCAACGCUCCAGGUUCUCUCACUGCAAAACGGAAGCGACUCACUCAAAACAAAAACCAACUUGAGCCUCCACGGAUUGUUUGUCUUUCGUGUGGUCAGAGCGAAGUACCACUCAUCCAAGGAGGGCGCUACUGUCGGCCGUGUGUCAAUGAUGGUCGGGUUUCCAAGCCAGCAAAACCUGUCGCUGCUAGUGAUCUUCCGAACACUGAAGAAGCGGACCAGGAUUUACAACAACCUGC